AAAACGAUAAAAAAAAAAAUUCACAAAAUUGCAUAAGUGUGCAUGUACGCUAGGCAAAAUGUGUAUUGUUUGUGUGUGUGUGCAAGUAAGUGUAAGUGCUGUGAAUGUGUGAAACCCCCCAAACCCCCAAGAUGUAUGUUUGUGUAAGUAUAAAUGUGUAUUAGUGCAAUAAGUGUGUGACUGUGUGUUUGUUUGUGUGUGUGGCACUAACCUGGGAACAAGAAGCUGGAGAUCGCAGGGGACGCAGGGACAUCUUCUGUGUUGGAUCCGGUAUGAUGGAAGGACUGUUGAGGUUCAAAAUGGAUGUUGAAAUUUCCCAAAACAUGGAAGAUCUGGAGUACUAUUUUAAUGAAAAUGGUGAACUGAGACACAUGCUUACAAAAAAGCCAUUUGUCUAUAGCUAUUACAAAAAAGAACAUGAAAGGAACCACAAACGCUAUAAAAUGCUUGGAAAGUUGAUAACCCUUCACGUAUAUGAACUUCUUGAGAAGGAAUGCAAUCUUGAGAGGAUUCCCAUUCCAAUCGAUGCUAAAGAAGAAGAACCAAAGUCAUUUUUUUUCAUGAGUAAGGAAGGCUUGGGCGUGCCAACAAGCCUACUUGUCCUUCUUCAAGACAAAGGUGUUAUUAGAGCUGGUCAGUGGGGGCAAAAAGUGAUAUUUCACCAUUCUCUAGAAAAGGGAACACAAAUUCCAUACAUUAAAACUGCACUGAGGGAGUAUGGGUCUUUGAUUGUGUUAAAUCCAAAUGACAAUUUUGUUGAAAUGAAAGAAGAGCCUCACUUGAUUAUUAAAAAGGAAGAAGAGCUAUCUAUGUCUGUACCCUGUGAUGGGAGUGAUUUGCUUAGAACGAGCAGAAAGCUGCUUAUACCUAAAAGAUGUUGUAGUUCCCCAGAAGAGCAUACUAGUUAUGUUUGGGAUCAUUUCAUUUCAACAAGUGCUGCUAAGAAUGUGGCUUUUAUUGCACAUGGUUAUGGGGGACUAGUCUUUCUUGAUCUUUUGUGCAAGAAAAGAAAAGAAGUUAUGAGCAAGGUCUGCGCAGUAGCAUUUAUAGACUCAAGGCACCAUUCUCAACAUCAGGCUAGGACUGAUCCUGAAAUACAGACUUGGAUGCACACAAACUGCCGAAGCUGGGUACUUAGCAACAAGCCAUUAGAUAGACCUACUGGCUCCCUAAUGAAAUUUGACUGCCCCAAGGUAUCUGCUGGAACAGAAAACCAUGAACUUGCACCCUAUAAAAGCCUCUCUUCUAUCUUCAGAUUCCUUACUAGGUCCUCAAAAACCCGAAGACUUUCAAACUUCCCAUCUCAAACAAUUGUAACUAGAAGAACAAAAAGAAAUUAAAGUAAUUCCUAUACACUGAUAUACAAAUUUGCAAGAUUUAGUUCAUGCCUGCAAGUGCAGAAAAAAAAAUAACUGCAAAAUCCAUAGAGGUCACAUGACAUUGCAGAAUUGUAAAAGUUGUUUAUACAUUUUAUGCUGUUUAGAAAAUUGCAAGGUAUCUAAGCAUACAUAUGUAUUUGCUGUUGUCAUUUCAUUGUAAUGGUGCAAACAAACUUGUGUGAAACACUGCAGAACAAAUUUUUAACCCUAUAGCAAGGAAAAUAAUAAAAUUAGACUUAAGCAGCAUACAGAUUUGCAUAAUAAUUGAGGCUUCAUCCCUUAUAGCUUCUAAGUAAACAGUAAGAAGUCUUUU